AUGAAGCUCAAUUACCGUUCUGAGAAUCUGAGACGUCUCAGAUUCUUGAACCAGACGCCCGCUGCUGCUCGCCCUGUCCACAUGGGUGAAUACUCCAUCAUUCCCGCACCUCACCCACCUAUCUCUUCACACCUCCUCACACCUCCUCACACCUCUUCACACCUCAUUCCUCCCCACACCUCCACACCCCUCCUCCACCCCUCCUCACCCCUCCUCACCCCUCUUCACCCCGCUGCACCCCUCCUCAUCCGUCCCCAUCAGGCUGUCAGUAAAGCUGGACCACCGAAUGAGCCAGGCGCCAACGCUUCUGCUCAACCUCACCCUGGGCAUGGCGGGACUCUUCGCGAGCAUGUUACUGUGUUACAUCCACACCUCCUGCUUCGUCUACCUCCACACGCCUCCUCAUCGCCCCUCACCCCUCUUUACCCCUCCUCACCUGUCCGCAUCAGGCUGUCACUGAAGCUGGACGACCGAAUGAGCCAGGCGCCCACGCUUCUUCUCAACCUCACCCUAGGAAUGGCAGGUUCUUUACACUCAUGGUGCUCGUCUCUCAUGAUUACAGCAGUCCGUUCACGGGCCACCAUGACUCAUUACAACGCGGCUCAACUUCCUCUCCUGCUCCCACUGGCCCCCCUGUUCGUCCCUCUGCAGUUCUUCACACUCGUGGUGCUUGCAGCAGCCAGUGCGCGGGCCACCGCCAUCACUGACUCAUACGGGCUCAACUGCAGCGGGUAUGUGCUGCUGUGGGUGCUGCUGGGACUAUCACAUGCGGUGACAGCUUCCCAUGCCCUUCUCAUGCCGCCCUUUCCUUGCCCGCCCCUUUCUCCACCGCCCCUCCUCAUGCCGCCCCACCCCGUCCCAUGCCGCCAUGCCCAUGCCGCCCGUUCCCAUGCCGCCCCUUCCCAUGCCGCCCCAUCUCAUGCCACCCCAUCCCAUGCCACCCCAUCCCAUGCCACCCCAUCCCAUGCCACCCCAUCCCAUGCCACCCCAUCCCAUGCUACCCCGUCCCAUGCCACCCCAUCCCAUGCUACCCCGUCCCAUGCCACCCCAUCCCAUGCUGCCCCGUCCCAGGCUGCUCCCCAUUCCGCCCCUUCCCAUGCCACACCUUGCGAUGGCAUCCCUUGGCAAGGCGCCAUGGUCACCGGGUCAGCUCAAGUCAUCCUCAUGUUUGAUGGGUCGUGCCAGUGA